AUUCGAUCUACAGCGCAGUACACAAUUGUCUUAUUUAAUUAAUUAAUUUAUAAACUAAUUCUAUAACUUUAAAGCAUCACAAUGCCUCUCACAUUCGAGCUGUGUCCUGGCAGAAUGAUUGGCGGGGAUCACCCCUGCUUCAUUAUUGCUGAAAUAGGGCAGAAUCACCAGGGCGACAUUGAGAUCGCCAAGAAAAUGAUCCGGAUGGCGAAGGAGUGUGGGGCAGAUUGUGCUAAGCUGCAAAAAAGUGAAUUGGAAUGCAGGUUCAACAUGCAAGCAUUGGAGCGGCCUUACAACUCAGAACACUCCUGGGGGGCAACCUAUGGAGAUCACAAGCGCCACCUGGAGUUCAGCCAUGAGCAGUACCGUGAGCUACAGAAGUACGCCCAAGAAAUUGGCAUCUUCUUCACUGCAUCAGGGAUGGAUGAGAUGGCAGUCGAGUUUCUUCACAAACUCAAUGUUCCAUUUUUUAAAGUUGCUUCUGCAGAUUCCAACAACUUGCCGUACCUAGAAAAAACUGCAAAGAAUGGUCGUCCCAUGGUGAUUUCCAGUGGGAUGCAAUCAAUGGACACCAUGAGAAAAGUCUAUAAGACAGUGAAAGCACACAACUCAAAAUUUUGCGUCCUGCAGUGUACCAGUUCUUAUCCCCUGAAGCCAGAAGAAGUUAAUCUGCGUAUCAUACUGGAAUUUCAAAAGGAAUUUCCUGAUAUUCCCAUUGGCUAUUCCGGUCAUGAGACUGGUAUUUUUAUCACAGUGGCUGCAGUUGCAAUGGGAGCCAAGGUUGUCGAACGUCACGUGACUCUAGACAAGAGUUGGAAGGGAAGUGACCACAAGGCCUCCUUAGAGCCUAAAGAACUGGCCGAGCUGGUACAGGCCAUCAGGACAGUGGAAAAAGCCAUGGGCUCCCCAGUCAAAAACAUGCUCUCUUGUGAGAUGUCCUGUCAUAGCAAGCUGGGCAAGUUUGUGGUGGCCAAGGUAGCAAUACCCAAAGGCACCACACUAACGCUGGAUAUGUUGACGGUGAAAGUGGCUGAGCCCAAAGGUAUCCCCCCUGAGGAGAUCUACAGCUUGGUGGGCAAGAAGGUGAAUAAAGACAUUGCAGCAGACAGCACACUGACAACAGCAACAGUGGAAAAUUGUGCAAAGAACGACAAAUUAUAUUAAAGUUCUGCAGAUAAUAGCUAGAAUUAUUUAUGGGUCAUUGCUUAAUGUAUGCAGAGAAAUGUAAUUUUAACACAUAGAGCAUUGAUUUAUUUUAAUCAGGGGCAUCCAGUUAGUCAGUUGUGUUAAAAAGAAAAACGUUUGAGGUAUAAUUUUAUUUAAAUGUUUCCUUUUUUUGGAAAAGUAGCAUUUUUUUAAUGUGUGAGAAACACCAUUAUUAGGGUACAACUGUCUAAGCUGCUAAUGAGCAGAUCAAAAUAUAAAUCAAAGCUUUUAUGUAUUAAGGUGGAUUCACUUACUUCACUUACACAUCCUUUCUGUGUUUUUCUCAUUGUUGUAAAUUCAGUUUCACUAAUAUUAAUAAAGGAUAAGUUUGGUAUUUUU